UCGGUAAAUGACAUGAAGCGCCGCUUCUUCUUUCUGUCGUGACUCGUGGGGUUUUUUUGAGCAGCUGCUGAUAUUCGAUCUGUCGCUCUAUUUUUGUCUGAUCGGAGCUCGAUGCGCCUGCGCCGAAACACUCUCACACCGACACCGAACCGACCGACAACCAGCAGAGAUCCGCUGCGGGCGUCAGGAUGGACGCGUAUGAGGUCAGAGGUCGUCUGGAUGUGAUCGCGGAGGAGCUGACGGCCAGCGAGGAGGAGGAGGAGGAGGCGGCUGAUGAAGAUGCGUUUGUGAUGUUGCAGGAGUCUCCCGACGUCUUCUGCCGUGACUGCAGCGUUCCCACACGCAGAGGUGCGGCGGCGCACGCUCCUCACGCGCUCGUCACGCUCGCCGCCGCCGCGCAGCAGAUGAAGGAUCAGCUGUCCAAAAGCAGGAGCAAACUGAGCGAGAAGGUCGUCGAGAUGGAAAACUUCGCCAGUAACCUGGAGGAGAUCUUCAUCACCGUGGAGGAGAAUUUCGGCCGUCAGGAGCAGAAUCUGGAGCAGCACUACAACGAAGUCCUGCAGGCGCUUUCGCAGAGGAACGAGGCGCGAGCCGCGGCGCUGGACGAGCAGAAGAACGACAAGCUGGAGCGUCUGUACGGUCAGCUGCUGCGGUGCGGCCGAACGCUGGACGCGUCCAAAGAGCUCAUCGAGGGCGCGCAGGAGGUUCACCGCAGACGAGACAAACGCGCCUUCCUGCAGGCUGUCGUGCCAGUUUUGAAGAGGGUCGAGCAGUUCGCCAGAGAGGAAGUGGAUCUGAAGCUGGGAGCGUCUCUGGACUUCGACGUGCCGACGACGGAUCUGUCCGACGUCAGACAGAUGAUGGACUCCAUGAACGUUCUUCCAGCUCCGUCGGCUCCGGUUAUGAAUCCUCAGAUCGCCAACUCUGCCACGGACACGUCGCUGCACGUGUGCUGGAGUCUGUUCUCGGACGACACCGUGGAGUUUUAUGAGCUGUACUGGCGUCUGAUCUCUGACGACUGCACUAUGGAGACGCCGCAGGAGGUGUCUCAGCUGAAGGUGAAGGAGACGCACUGCACGGUGUCCGAUCUGCUUCCUAACGCUCAGUACGAGCUCUGGGUGACGGCCACCAACACCACGGGCAUCAGCCCGGCCAGCGAGAGGGCCGUUUACAUGACGGUUCCUUCUCCUCCGGUUAUCAAGCCGCAGCAGUGUGUGAGCAGCCUGGACGCGGCGCUGAUCCGCUGGGACUCUGGAAACACGAACCCGGUGGAGUCGUACACGCUGGAGUUUCACGAGACCAGCGCAGACGGCGGCGGCACCGCGACCGAGUCCAUCGUGGCGAUCCCGUCCUGCGAGUGUUUGGUGCAGCUGCAGCCGUGGAAGCGCUACGUCAUCCACAUCAGGGCCGUGAACAUCGGCGGUCCGAGCGACAGGAGCGAACCCAUCGACAUCUCCACCACAGGUACGUUUUUCCACCUGCUGGAAGACACGGCGCAUCCGAGCCUGUCGCUGUCAGCCGACGGCCUCACCAUGUUCUACCUGGAUGAAGAUCUUCCCAUCAGUCACAUGACCUUCAGCGACAACACCUUCAACAGGUGUGUGGCGGUUCUGGGCGACCUGGUGCCCAUCAGAGGCCAGUAUUACUGGGAGAUCGAGGUGGACGAGAGCGCAGAGUUCCGCGUGGGCGUGGCGUACGAGGACACGCAGCGCAACUCUUACCUGGGCGGGAACAACACGUCCUGGUGCAUGAGACACAUCCUCACGCCGUCCAGGCACAAAUACGAGUUCCUGCACAACGGCUGGACGCCGGACAUCCGUAUCACGGUGCAGCCGCUGCGGAUCGGCGUGUUCCUCGAUUACGGCCGCGGGAUUCUCUCCUUCUACAACGCGGCGCUGCGGCAGCACCUCUACACCUUCAGCUGCCACUUCCUGCAUUACGUUCACCCGUGUUUCGCGCUGGAUAAUCCUGGAGCGCUGACGCUCCGCACCGGCAUGACGGCGCCGGCGUACGUCACGCAGCCGUGACCCGCGAGAACAGGACGUGCUGCGAAAAACGAAGACGUGGAUAUCGGAGCUGAUUCUCGAGCUAAAUAAACGAGUCGCCAGCAUCUGUGUG